AUGGCCCCGACCAUUGUCCUCAUUACUGGCGCCAACCGUGGGAUUGGAAAAGGUAUCCUAGAACUGUAUCUGCAGAAGCCAAACCACACGGUGAUCGCCGCCAACCGUGACCCAAGCCACCCAACCUCUAAUGCCUUGGUUGAUCUAGCCAAGGCUGAAGGCACUACGUUGGAGAUAAUCAAGCUCGAUGUUCUCUCUCCCACUGACCCCAUUGCGGCCGUGAAGACGUUAGCUACUAAGGGAAUCACCCACGUCGACAUCCUGAUCGCCAACGCCGGUAUCGCUCUUUCUUGGCCAAAGGUGUCAGAGGUCAAGGUGCAGGAUAUCCAGAAGCACGUCGACGUUAAUGUGUAUGGCUUCAUCCAUCUCUACCAAGCUUUCCGAUCCGUCCUCAAGGAGGCACUGGCCCCCAAGAACUUUAUCCCCCUGCAAAAUGCAGCAUACGCUCCCACCAAAGGUGCUCAGCACUGGUAUACCAAGGCAAUAUCCUCUGAAGAUCCCUGGUUGACCGCAUUCCCUCUGGACCCGGGCUGGGUUCAGACUGAGCUCGGUAACCGGGGUGCUGACGCUUUCGGGAUCGAGAAAGCCGCCAUUACCGUGAAGGAGAGUGUUACCGGCAUGGUUGAGGUUAUUGACGCGUCUACGCUCGAAACUCACAGUGGGAAGCUCUUCAAGUAUGACGGCAAUCAGGAGCCUUGGUAG